UUUCACUUCUUUGUUUUUACCUCUGUUGUUCUUGCUGUUGUUUGUUUGGUGUGGUGUGGGUUCUCUGAGAAGCUUUGGGUAGGUGGGCAGAUGGGUCUAGCCUUCUAGCCUUCUUUUCUCUGUUCUUCCUCACUCUCUCUCUUGUCUUUCUCUCUCCUCUUUUUUCUCCCUGCCUUUCUGGCGGAUAAACCGAUAAGUUUGAAGUGUUGGUUGAACUGGUACACUUAACAGACAUGCAAUGGCUUUGAAAUGAAAAGAUGGAAAAGGAUAGCGAUUUCCGGCAAUGGGACGAGCUAAUACCGGACGCUUUGGGGCUAAUUUUCAGCCAUCUCUCUCUCCAAGAGAUACUAACUGUGAUUCCCAGAGUCUGCAAAUCAUGGAGCAAAGCUGUUAUGGGACCCUAUUGCUGGCAAGAGAUUGACAUUGAGGAAUGGAGUAGCCGGUGCCAGCCCGAUCACCUUGAUCGGAUGCUCCGAAUUCUCAUCGCAAGAAGCUGCGGUUCGCUUCGAAAGCUCUGUGUUUCCGGCCUCAACUCCGACUUGAUCUUCUCCUUCAUUGCAGAAAAUGCUGGUUCCCUUCAGACGCUGAGGCUGCCUAGAGGUGAGAUGAGUGAUUUGACAGUGGAACGGAUCGCCGGGAGGUUUUCCACCAUUACUUUCUUGGACGUGAGCUACUGCAUUAAGAUCGGUUCUCGGGCGUUAGAGGCCAUUGGAAAGAAUUGUAAGCUUCUGGUGGGGCUGUGCCGGAAUAUGCACCCUUUGGCUACUGCAGGAAAGCCUCUUGAGGACGACGAGGCUCACGCAAUCGCCACCACAAUGCCUAAACUCAAGCACCUUGAAAUGGCUUACCAUCUCAUUGGCACAUCGAGCGUUCUCCAGAUACUCUCGAGCUGCCCCGAGCUCGAAUUUCUCGAUUUGAGAGGGUGUUGGAGUGUGAUACUCGACAACAAGUUCGUCAAGGAGAAUUUCCCAAAGCUGAAGGUGUUGGGGCCUGAUGUUGUGGACUACUUCGAGAGGAACGAUUGGGAUGAGUGCUCGGAUUUCUCUGAUGCUUCGUCCGAGUACUUGGCGUGGGAGUUCAUGACUGGCGGAAUGGAUGAUUACUUUGAUGAUGAGAGCUUCGACGGAAUGUGGGAUGACGAUGAGGCGAGCCUGGAGGAGCUUGAGCUGAGGUUCUAUGAAGGAAUAGAUGAAGAUGUUGAAGGGUAUGGUUGGCCUCCGUCUCCUUAAAAAAGUUUCUAAUGUUUUCUCUCUUGUGGAACUGUUAAUUUGCCCUUUUUCUCUGUUUCUUCAGUAAUGACUUGCCUGAUGUUUUCUAGUUUGAACUCUACAAUAUGCUUUAUAAGGAUAUGUAUAUGUUUUCAGUGGAAUGAAAGUUGGUUUGUUGUUGUAA